CGGCCACGCCCUAAUACUCAUUAUCAUGGGCCAUGGCAGACCCUCCAUCGCAUCUAAGGCCACCAAGAAACUCAAAGCGAUACUUGUGUAAUCAUUGUGAUAAAGAGUUAGGGAAGACAUUGUACUACAAGCACAGACAAAAAUUUUAUGAUCAGAAAGCCAAACGCUGGUGCAAAGAGCCUGUUGAUGUUCAGGAUCAACACGAAGUCUCCAUAUCAACCUUUCAGUUUGACCCUCUCACUCAGCUUCAGUUUGAUGGUAUACAAAGCACUGACGAUCAGAAUACUGAGUGGGAAGACUUUGACCUCACUGUCUCUACAGAUGCUGAAAGUCAAGAUUUUGAUGAUUUUGUUGUUGAAACUAAUGGUCCUGAGUCUGGAUCUGACGAAGAAACCUUCUCGUCUUUUGAUGAUAAUGAGAUGGAGAUUGUCACUGAAGAUGAAGUGGAAACGCCUUUAGGUGGAGACUUGAAUAAUCCCGAAAAAAAGGCAAUGAAGCUAUAUGUGUUUUUUCUCUUGCUAUUUCAAACUUUAUUUCGAAUUUCGGAUACUGCUUUGUCUAUUCUACUAUUGCUAAUGUUCAAGUUUAUACGAAUUUUGGGAGCAUUGUUCAACUGUGAGCAGCUUGUGAAGUUUGCGGAAAAACUCCCGACAUCAGUCAAGAAUGCCCGGUUAUCUGCUGGCAGCGUACGCGGAAAUUUUCAGAAAUUUUCUUGUUGUCGAAAAUGCUUUUCAAUUUAUCCUUGGAACCCCACUGUAGAACCCCAGAUACUUACCUGCACUUAUGUGAAAUAUCCUAAUCAUACUCAAGCUCACUUUCGUCAGCCGUGUGGUGAGAAAUUGUGCAGAAAAGUAAAAACAUUGACCGGAAAAGAAAUAAACAGACCUUUCUCUGUGUAUUGCUACAAGAGUAUAAUACAAUCUCUUCAAGAACUUUUGUUGCGUCCACAUUUCGUCAGUCGGUGUGAGGCUUGGCGAAACAGAGACGUUCCACAGGGAAUGUAUUGUGACGUAUAA